AGUUCACCCUCACCGUUUGAACGAACACCAUCCGCCCGUUGAGAGAGAGAGGGAGUGGGGGGGGGGGCACAAAGAAAAUAAUCGCCUCGAAAUACACCCAACCCCAGCCCCCCCUUUUGACUCACCGCGUUGCAAAUCUGAACACUUUACCCCCUUUUUUUAAGUUGCAUUUCACAAAUUGUUGCUUUGUUUUUCUUUCAAUCGCAAGUUUUUAGAACGUUUUCAGACUGCAAUUUGGAAAAGUUUCUCAAAUUGCAAAUGAAUCACUAUUUUUAAUACAAAGGUACAAGUUGAGCGAGCGUUCUUGCAAUUGCACUUUUUUUUUGGGGGGGGGGGGUGUUGUUGAAUUUCCAAUCCACCGGACAGCUUUUCCUUGCAGCGAUUGUUUUAUUUUCUGGAGGAGACUAGGGACAUGUCUAAGGCGGCAGCUAAGGAGAAAAAGUCCUUCAGUAAGAAACUUUUCCGGCGGGGCUCGGCACGGUCGGUCGGCAGUUUUAUGAGCAGGGUGCUGAAGACUCUGUCCACCCUUUCGCACUUCGGCACCGAGGAGGCGGCCGAGGACGACAAGGACGACGGUGGCUUCAAGAAUUUCCGAGCGGCCGAGGCCGGCGCCGCCAUGGGGUUGGGCAUCGGGCUGGGCCCGGGGGUCGGGGUGGUCUCCUCGGCCUCCUCCAUCAUCAUGAUGAUGAGCGGCAUCAAUCCGGCCGCGGUGGCCGCGGGUCGGUGCGCGGCCGCCGGCCACAGCGACUCGUCCGAGAGCGGCUUGUCUGGGGACCGCUGGCAGCCCCCCGGCGUGGCCGGCCUCAAGAACCACGGCAACACCUGCUUCAUGAACGCCGUGCUUCAGUGCCUGAGCAACACCGAGCUCUUCGCCGAGUUCCUGGCUCUGGAGCAGUACCGGGAGCGGCCGCCCGGCUGGCCCGAUCCCUCCGAAGGGGCAGAGACCCAGCGCCGGGGAGCAGAGGACGAGGAAGAGCUGGACAAAACUUCCAAAUCCAACGGAGUUUUAUUCCGAUCGAGACCCCAGGCAGACAUGAGAGGAGAGGUCACUGAACAGCUCGCUUCUCUGGUCCGAGCACUCUGGACUGCAGAAUACACUCCACAGCUCAGCCGUGAAUUCAAGAAUGUCGUAUCCAAGAAUGCUUUCCAAUAUCGUGGCAACUCUCAGCAUGAUGCUCAAGAGUUUCUGCUAUGGCUUCUUGAUAGGGUUCAUGAGGAUCUGAACAAUAUUGUUUUAACAAAUGGGAGGCCUGCAGUCAAGCCUCCAAAAGAUGAAGAUGAGCUAUGUGAAGGGCCAUCUCUUCCAGUGAGAAGCAGUUUUGUGCAGGAGCUUUUUCAAGCACAAUAUAGGUCUUCAUUGACAUGUCCUCAUUGCCAAAAACAGAGCAAUACCUUUGACCCAUUCCUGUGCAUCUCUUUGCCCAUUCCUCCACUUCAGACCAGGCCAUUGAAUAUCACUGUAGUUUAUGAAGGAAAGUGUUCACAUUGCAUGCGAAUUGGGGUAGCUGUUCCACUAUCGGGUACAGUGGUCAAGCUCCGGGAAGCAAUUUCACAAGAAACCAAAAUCCCCACCGAUCAGAUUGUUCUAACUGAAAUUUAUUAUGACGGAUUCCAUCGUACCUUCAGUGAUGCUGAUUCGCUGGACACUAUUCAUGAAAAUGACUGUAUUCAUGCUUUUGAGAUACCUGAUGUCUAUAUUGGUCAAAGAGGCAAGCUUACAAACAUAAAUCAAAACAACCUGACGUUCAGCACUGAUCAUAGAUCCACAGUCUACCCCCAUGGAGGAGUGAAACAGAUAAAACUGGAAAGAGUGUACAGCAAGGGUUCAGGCUAUGAGAAAUGGACACUGCUGGUGUGUAACCAAUGCUGUACUGCACAGCAAAUAAAAAGGUUUGGUCAUCCCUUUGUACUCUGUUUGGAUCGUAAAAUAACAUGGGAAGGACUGCAGAAAGAUAUUUUGGAGAAGAUGCGCCAUCUGUUUAGGCCAGGAAUGUUCACAGAGGUUGGUCCCUUUAGCUUGCGAGUCCUUGGAGGUGGCAUGGGGAAGUCUUACCUUUCUCCUCAGGAAGAGUAUCCCUUGUGCCAAUUGGCAGCAGAAAGAGCAUGGAAAUCUUGCAGACCUGGUGGACCCCAGCAUGUUAAGAUAAUUGUGGAGUGGGACCGAGACACAAAAGAAUACUUGUUUGGGAGUGCUGAAGAUGAGUACGUGCCAGAUUCUGAGAGCGUUCGCCAGCAGCAGCAGCUACAUCACCAACCUCAGACCUACACUUUAUCCCAGUGCUUUCAUCUCUACACCAAAGAAGAACAGCUGGCACCAGAUGAUGCCUGGCGCUGCCCACAUUGUAAGCAGCUUCAGCAGGGCAGCAUCAAAUUGAGCUUGUGGACACUUCCUGAUGUUCUUAUCAUCCACUUGAAACGCUUUAAGCAGGAAGGAGAUAAAAGGACCAAGCUACAGAACUUGGUGAAAUUCCCUCUCACUGGCCUGGACAUGACUCCUCAUGUGGUAAAACGCAGCCAGAGCAGCUGGAGCCUUCCUUCUCAUUGGUCGCCAUGGAGACGGCCCUAUGGGCUUGGCAGGGAUCCUGAAGACUACCUCUAUGAUCUGUAUGCGGUGUGCAAUCAUCAUGGCACCAUGCAAGGAGGGCAUUACACAGCUUACUGCAAGAACUCUGUUGAUGGGCUCUGGUACUGUUUUGAUGACAGUGAUGUUCAGCAGCUCUUGGAAGAUGAUGUCUGCAAGCAGACUGCAUACAUUCUGUUUUACCAGCGGCGAAGUGCUAUUCCCUCCUGGUCAGCAAAUAGCUCUCUUGCAGGCUCUACCAGCUCAUCUCUGUGUGAACACUGGAUAAAUCGCCUCACAGGCAGCAAGCAGCCCAGCAUCACUUCCACCGCAUCAUCACGUCGGACAUCUCUAGUCUCACUUUCUGAAUCUGUGGAAUUUACACAGGACCGAAGCGAUCAGGAUGAUGGUGGAUUUUCUACUCGGCCUUUUGUGAGGAGUGUCCAGCGCCAGAGUUUGUCGUCCAGAUCUUCGUUUGCCAGUCCGUUGGUGCUCAAUGAGAACGGAAUUAAAUCUCAGAGGUCGCUAUCCAGCAAGCUGCACAUGCGGUCCAGUUCUCCUUCACCAUUCUCCUUUGAUUCUCCAACUCACAGCCCAUCUCCAACAGCAGACCUACUGGGGAGGAAGAGCCCCAACCAAAGCAGCUCUCCAUUGCCAGUCCAGGGGACUGCUCAUGCCAGUCAGACUGGCAGGGCACCCCUGGCAGUCAUGGAAGGCAUGGUCCGGGAGGAGGAAUUGAGAGUCACAGGAAAGGCAGCUGGACAGAGCCGGCCCACUUUGCCGCUUGAUAAAAAGCUGGACCAGUGCGGCAAUGAUUCAGGAGGAUUGGACACUCUGAGCCCCUUACUGGAUGCUUUAGACAAUAGGAAAAGCACACCUGGCCUCAGCAGCCCUCGCUCUCCAAGUAUUAAUGGCGCUUCUUCAGCAGAAGAGCCAAGACAAAGGAAAGGUCUUGCGUCUGGAACAGCGAAUGCUGAGAGCCUGCAGAAAAAGACCACUUCUUCCAGAGUGCUUCAUGAGCAGGCCAAAGGCUCUUCAUCCAGAGCUCAAUUAACAUCAUCACACAAGAACCCUCCGAAAACUUCUGUCACACGCGAAAAGACCGAAUCAAAAGCAGGAGCCCGACAUUCUUCUUCAAACUCAGUACUCCGAAGGGACACAGCCAAAAGUCAAGAGUCAGCAUUGUCAGUGUAUCAGCAGAAACCGAAGCUGGUCUUGCCUUCUCCACAGUCUCCUUCACCAACACGGAAAAAGGUGCCAGGAAGGUCUAAGACCUCUGAGGGUCGGUCGAAACGCAGCCCCUCUCCUGAAAAGCGUAGGCUGAUGUCAUCUUCUAAAGCUAGCAGCACAGGCAGGUUGUCACAUGCUAAAUCAGGAAGCCGUUUGGAGAACAGGAGAUUGAGGAAUUCAAGCAGCAGCUCCUCCAUGACAGAAGCAAAAUCAUCCGAUACUAGCUCAAGGACUGACUUGAGAAGGGACAGCAGUAAAUCAGAUGACAAAGGACUGUCAUUCUUUCGGUCUGCCUUGCGGCAGAAAGAGAGUCGGAGGUCAGCUGACUUGGGAAAGAGCAAUAUUCUUGCUAAGAAAUCGGCAGAUGGCCCCACCAAAAUGGUGACCAAAAAAGUGCCAAGUGAGGGGGCAGUUAAAGAGGGUAGACGGAUGACAACAGAACAGCCGCCAUCUGCUGCUGCCUCGGCUUUGAACCUGACCAGCAAAACAGCUCCAAGAGGGAAGCUGUCGAGCAAAGACACCAAUCCUACCAAACGUCCACUGCUUCCAGCUGCCAAGUCCAAGUCGGCGCUGCCAGAGGUGGGGGCUCAGUCUCCAACAAGCAGGAAGAAACCUGCAGAAAAAACAUUUAAAUCCAGAAAGAUUGUCACUAGCGGCAUGCAGUCUUCUGUGCGCCAUAACAAAAAGUAAACGUGAGAAAAAAAAUCAAAAGGAAAAAAGCUCCCCAAAAAUGCUAGUCUGGUUUUGUUUCUAUGACACUUCCUUCCUUUCUUUCUUUUUUUCUUUCUGACUGACUUUCUCCAUUUAUUACACCGGCUUUCUGUUGGAGGAAGGUUUUAAUUUUUUUGUGGUUCAUGUGCCUACAUUGGUUAGGGAGGAUAUUGAUUUUAAGUGCAUUUGUUGUGCCAUCAAACCAAAUAAUGGAUAUGUGGUAUGCAAGGAUCAUGGAACUUAUUUUUUUUCUCCCCAGAGGCUGGUCUUCUCUGUUGGGUUUUAACGCAGCACUUUGUAUUGACCUAAAGAAUUUUUGUUGGUGAAUAACACUAUGUACUGUUCAAUGAAUGGUUUAAUUUUAAAGGUUUUUUUUACAAAUGUUCUUUUUAAGACUAACAUGACUACUGCAUGCUCUAAGGAUGCCAUCAAAUUAGGUAAUCAGUUUUAUUUUCUCUAAUAAGGAUUUGUUUGUUUGACACUGUGUUAAAUACUGUUUAACAGCAAGCUUCAGGUGAACACACAAGGAAUGAAUUUGUGCUGACUGUGUUGCAUUGUGGCCACUUUGAAAUGAUCACAGCUCCUACAUCGCUGAAAGAAGGGUGAGAAUGGAAAAGUACAAUGAGGUGUAAUGCAUCUGACGUUUUGUUAGCUUGGCGAGUGAGUUUUAGAUCAAUUUGUAUGUCGUCAGUUGGUUAUCAGAAGCUUGGUUAUCUGCAGAUUAAUAGAAUUGGGAAUUUCAACCAGUGAUUGCUUCAGAUUCAAUAGGUCAAGAGUUUUGAUAGCCCCUUGUGUAACUGUUUCAGUUGCAUUCACCUGCCAGAAGCACAUCACCUGUCUUUCUGCCAUUUCAUAGCCUGCAGCAACCUAUUGGCACCUAGUUACAAAGGUUUUGCUCUGCUCAAUCUUCCAGGGAAACAAUUCAGCUCAAAUCUUAAUCUGAAAUAAGUAAAUAUUAAGCACUGUGUAAUAUUAGAGUCUGAACUUUGAGAUUUGCUGUCUUAGGCAAAGAUGCCCGAAGCUUGGGGGUUCUGGGGUCACCAGGGUUGAGUUGCCAGAACUUUGUCUCCCUGUUGGAAGGUUCAUGGUUACUGAGCACCAAAGAUAAUCAAAUAACAGUUUUUGUUUUGGAAUAAGCACAUAGCCAACCUGGGUCAGGAUAGUGAUUAGUGACAUUUAGACUCUCAUUAGUAUAGAGGAAAAUGCUGCUUUUUUUUACAUUAUGUUUUUAGUUCUAUUUCAUGACCUUGCAUGAAUAAUUUUAAUGAUUUAUUUCUGAUUUCAUAGAUGCUUAUAGUACUGAAGGAGGCCGUUUAACACGUUGUGCCUACUAGCUCGUGGAAAUAGCUAUACAAUUUUCUGAACGUUUUCCCCGUAAUCCUGCACAGAUUUUUCUCUUUCAAGUAAUUAUCCGAUUCCUUUUUGAAAAUUUACGGUUGAAUUUGCUUCUACUGCCCAUGGUCAGGCACUACAUUUUAGAUUUGGUCACUGACAUUUCAGGGUUAUAAAGAUUGUUAGAUUAAUUUUAUAGUGUAAACAUGUAAACUUAUGAAUUGUAGGGUUUCGGCAAUCAGUACUUUUUGUGAAUUUUGCCAGUUACUUAAUAUUGUUCAUGGAUCCUUUUUCUGUUGAAUCUUUCCUCAUAUCAUGUGUAAUUUUUGUAAAAAGUGGAACAAAAGGUCAACUCUAAAACUUAAUUUGUGAUUCCUGUUUUUCAAUCUCCUGGCCAGAGAUCAAGGCCUCAUUUCAAAUUAUCACAGAUUAGGAUCCUCAAUUUUACACCUGAUUACACCAGCUAAACCAAAACAUUGCUCUGAUUCACUUAUAUUUGAGUUGUGACUUAGAGGCUUUAAUAGAAAUAGUGUUUACAAUCAAAUCAUUGUGAAAUUGAGGUUAUGCUGUCCAAUUUUAUGCAUUUCAUUACUCUUGUCCUCACGAGUGUGUGUUUGCAAUGCGCUACUAUGCUGAUAUUUGCCUUUUAAAAUAUUUGAGCCUUUUAAGAGCUUUUUCUGAAACAGGAUGGGAACUGCAUGUGAUGUCCUACCCAGGGGAAUGAAACAAGUACUCAAAGUAGCUUCUUGAGCUGGUUUCAUCACCAUUUGUAGGUUGCACUCGCUGUACAGAGAAGCCAGAGGCUUUGGCAUUGAUUUAAUUGUGCAAAACGCCACAACAACAACCAUGUGUGUGUCCCACCAACCUCGAGCUAAAGUUGCAGGGAGGGCUGCAGUUAUUUAAAUUGUGCGACUGGCUGAAGAUGGAAAGAAGUUGUAUUUAUUAUAGUACCGAUAAUGCUUCAUAGCCAGCACGGUACAUUUGAAAAGCAGUCAUUGUUAAGUAGGCAAAUGCACCAUUGAAGCCAACGGGCCGGAAGGGUCUGUGAGCUGGUGCACUUCUCCAACCAGACCAGCUGUGUGGCAUUCUUGCCUCCCCCUCCAAGUCUCAAUUGAAAGCUCACCUCGGUUUUCACAGUGCAAGUCUUUAGGGCAACCUUAUUGAUUUAGGUGUUGGGGAGGUGGGUUUUCUGCCUAGGCCAGUAAAAGAGAUGUAAUGAUUCUGGUGCUAAUUCACCAAACCCGAUUGCACUUUUACUUUAAGUAACUGGAGUUUUCCGCUAAGCUUGCUGUUCCACCUGUUCAUGCUCUUGCCUGCAUGCACUUAACACAAUGUAUUACUAUGCAAGUGCCAGGACCUUGAAUGCACUGAGGUACUUUGUAGUAAGUUUGUCCCUUAGGGCUUUGAAUUGAAUGCAAAAUUCAAACACUACGGACUUUGGGUUUGUCUGAAACCACUGCUUUGUUUGCACAGUUUGUUUCUCCUUCCUGGAUGUGCGAUCAAUGCGAGUGCUUGUCGAUUAGUUAAUUUAUAAUGCACAAAAUCAUAAGCUGUAAACAUGUAGACUCCAAACUGAAAUUCAUUCCCUCUUUGUUAAUGAUGUUCGAAACAAAACAGCAUCUCAAGUAAAUGUUCCAAUUAUUCUCCACUGACAUUUCUACCGGUUACUGGAUUGUAAAAUUUCUUGCUUUUCAUGCCUUAGUAUUGCUCACAAUUUCAUUAAUGGGCAGUGAUUUCGCUUAUAAAACUCGGACCUUCUGAACUGUUCCAAAAACAAGGUUGGGUGGAGGAAAAUGAGAUACUAAAGAUGAAUUUUGUAACAAUUCGCAUGGUGAGGGAGCGGGUACGGGGAGCACAAGCUGUCCCUCGGGAAGAUGCAGGGUCCAGGCAGGUUGUGCCAGGUCCCAAGUGAACACUGAUGUCGGGACUCGGGCUCCCAAUGUGGGGGAAGAGGUGUCUUUGUUCUACACGAGGGUUGAUGUGACUGUUCACCGACUCAACAGCGGGGAGUGCUUGCGUUACACCAUACUUUACAAAGAUGUGAGCAGUUUCAGGCUCAUUGCCUCACCGCGGAAGUCUAUUUUGCCACUUCCAAAUUCACAAGUCUGCUGUAUUACGUAGAGGCGUAGCACAGCGGGUUUAGGUAGGUUUUAGGUUGACAGCGGAAGGAACACUAAGUUUUUCAGAAUAGUAUCCAAUAAGACCUAGUUAUAUUGAGGUUUCUUUGUGGCCAGCAAGCCUGUUUAGUAUAUAUUGAGUUGUGUACAAGAUUUACAGAGCGAGCAUAUCUAUAUCUCUUGUAUAAACCAAAGUUGCGACUUUACAAUGAAAUUUAAAGAACCACCCUAAGCAUACAUUGGUCAAUCGGGAGGAUUCCCUUUGGUGGGAAUACCAGCUGCCUGUGCCUACAUUCCUAGGCUGUUAUUUACCCACGACAUUGUAUGAAACCCAAAUCAAGACUUGUACAUAGCAGUGCUACAGACAUUUUGAUUCUCACUACGUUAGCUGCUCUCUGGCUGAUGUCAAUUAGUUGGAUCAGUAAAAGGUGGGUGGUUUUAAAUUUUAUUAUCAGGAAUCGACCUGGACAGCUUCAUGGUUUGGAGGUGGCACUAAGUGAGGGUUUUCUCCACUUAGCUUCCAAUACCAUUUGAUUUCAUUAAACACUGGAAUAAAGGAAGUAACUGGGAGUACACUGCCUAUACUACCCGGGUAACACACUCGUGGAUGCUGCAGGGAGCACAGAAGUAUUUCUGUGGGGCUGGCGAGCUUCUGUGAAGAGGCUUAACCUAUUGUAAUAACUGCGACUCAUUAUCCAUGGCUCCUGUCCACUCAGGGGUUGUUAGACACAAUCAAGUGUCUGAGCCGUCAUAACCAGCACUGACUGCUGGUCCCCGCCAGGGUCAGGGAGGUAUCUACUACCCCAUCCGAGCCAUUGACUGCACUCGGCUCAUCCUCCGUAAGGCCACUUGCCCAUAGCUAUGCCGGUGAUCCCGUAAGGCUCCAGGAACAGCACAUCUUCAAAAUCAGAACUUAGAAAAAUGGAGACAUGUGAACAAUAUUGGCCCAGUUCCCAGACCAAUGUGUGGUGAAGCUUUCUCCUUGUAAAUUAGAUCACCUGUUUGCUGAAACCAUGUUUAAGUUAUUUUGGGCAGAUGCAUGAGAAUGUGUUGAUGCCUUUCGAUAAUUUAUUUAUGUUUUAUUAACAGGACGUGUAUGCACUUUUUAAUAUUCAGAGUCUGUAUUGUUUUUCUAUGUUUUAAAUAAUGUUUCUUUGAGAACAGUUUGUAUAAAGCUCAUGUAAGUCAGAAUAACCAUCAACGAGGGCCAAGUGUAAAAAAAUAAAAUCAGUGCAACCCUU